AGAAACAGAAAGCUCCUGCUUUGCCGGCCACGCCUGUGAGGCGUCCAACCAUGAUCGACAUGCUGGAACUUUGGGCCGAUCUUGAUGAUGAAGAGGGGGAUCCCACAUACGAAGACGAUGGCCUCGAGCUCAUUGCUCAGUUGCCUCGCCGGCGAGACCGACGUGCUCGUUAAUCACGUUCAUCUUCCUAUUGCAUUCUUCCGUUUGCUCCUGCUUACCCGUCGCCGUGCUUUGCUUUCCCCCUACUUUCCCUGUCGUAUGCUGUGUAUACUGCUUUGCUAUGUGUAUAUUCCCGGACGCUAGUACAGUGCUCACCAUAGACGCCUCGGCUGGAUUAUGCCUACAAUGACAAUCGCCCAUUGUAUCCUGCCUGAUUUGUCGAGCACGAUGCAGAACACGCCGCACACUCGUUGCCCGAG